AUGAUUCCUGCUCCGGUCCCUUGUCUUGAUGAUGUCUUCCUUGAGGAAGGGGAUGCUAUCGUUGAUACAAGUGGACAGAUUUUCUCAGUUGAAUUUUAUGAGAAAGUACAUGAGCGUGUCGAUCAGAGUAUGAGGCGCUCGAUAAUAGUUUGUUUGUUUGGUCGUCGUAUCGGGUAUAAAACGCUACUUGAUUUUAUCAAUUUGCUGUGGAAACCGAAAGGCAAAUUCCAGGUGGUGGAUUUAGAUAGUGACUAUUACAUAGUUAUAUUCAAGAAUGAGGAAGAUUAUGUUCAUGUCCUCACAGAUGGCCCGUGGACUGUUUAUGGUAGCUACCUCACUGUAAUUGUUUGGGUUCGUAUUCCUAAACUACCUUAUCGAUACUAUUCAAAAGCUCUUUUCAUAUGCAUUGCUAAUGCCAUUGGGAAGGUAAUCAAGAUAGACUAUAAAACUUUGGCUAGGGACCGUGGUCAUUUUACUCGACUAGCUAUUGUGGUCAACAUGAACAAACAUCUUAUCCCGACUAUCCGUAUUGAUGGAGUGGUUCAGCAACUUGAGUACGAGGGUUUGCAGCAAAGUUUCUGUAAAUGUGGGACAUAUGUGUCGUAA